GUGUUGGCUUUUUGAAACACGAGUUUUUGUUUUAAGUCUGAUGAUAGUAUCAUAAGCAGUCAUAAGCUGGCAAGAGAAGAAACCAUUGAAGGGUCGAAUUGGACAUCUUCGAGCGGUUGCCACAUGAGACUGGCAGAUCUGCCCCGUGGCACAGUGUCCACAGCUCUGUGCCUUGUAGCGCUGCUGCGACUGCGAAAGAGCAAUUGGCCGCUCCUCACCAGAGCUCUUUUGGCACUUCUCCCGGCAUUCGCAGGACGCUGUGUGUUGGCUUGGCGACGAUGGCUCUUGGCCUGUGGCAGGCAUCCGGGCACAGCGCCGCAGCGGGCGUUGUGCUUCAACCCGAGUUUGAGAGUGACAGACUUUGAGGAGCGCUUCGUGGGAACCAAGUCCAGCCUGAAGCAUUCCUAUGAUUUCAUCGUUGUGGGUUCCGGCAGUUCUGGCUGUGCAUGCGCUGCUCGGUUGGCCCAAACAGGUGCUUCUGUGCUUCUGAUUGAGGCUGGAGGCGAAGCACAUCGAUGUGCGCUGACUCAGACGGCUCGGAAUGCAUUUCGAUGUUGGCAAUCAGAGAUCGAUUGGGGUUUUCGAACAACACCACAACAGCACUUGUUGCCCAGAGGUCGGGUGCUCGACCUUGAGCGUGGGAAGACCACCGGUGGCUCUAGCGCCAUCAAUUACAAUCUUUGGGUGCAUGGUGCUCCACAAGAUUUUGAUCGUUGGGCAGAACAGUAUGGUUGCAAGGGGUGGAGUUACAAAGAAGUUUUGCCUCAUUUCAAAUCGAUUGAGAAAGUCACUGGCUCCUACGGAGAUUCACGCGGAAAGGAGGGUCCUGUAGCUGUGGCAGAGUUGUUCCCUCCACUGCCCGAAGUGGAAGACUUUAUAAAGGCUUGCGAAGAACAUGCUGACGCUCAACGAACGUUGGACUACAAUGCUGGACAACUGUCGGGAGUGGCACCUGUACAAUUGUGUACAAAUGGUUCCGGUGGAGGACGUCAAGAUUGUUUCUCCGUCUUUGUAGAGCCUUUGCUUCGAGAGUUUCCGACCUUCCAAGUUGCAAGUGAGAGUUUUUGUAGAAAAGUGUUGCUCGAACAGUCUAAUCUUCAAGCGAGAGGUGUUGAGCUGGAACUGCGAACGGGCGAAAUCCUUCAAAUUCAAUGCCGAAAGGAAGUGAUUUUGAGCGCUGGAGCCUUGCUUUCUCCGCAACUCUUAAUGCUGUCGGGGAUUGGAGAUGAACAUCAUUUGCGAAAGCACGGUAUCGAAUGCCUUCGCCACCUACCAGCCGUGGGAAGGAACCUCUCUGAUCAUGCAAUCAUCCCAGUGUUGGCACAGAUGACCGAAGGUUCGAAAUUCUUGGGAAACCGCGUUCGAAAUUCUUGCGGAACUCAUGGUGUUUACUUCUGGCAGUCAAACAUUGGCAAGAGCCGUGAGGAGCGGCUUGGAAGGUCAAUGGGCAGCGACUUGGAAACCAUUUUUAACUCACGCAUUGAGCUCAGCCUCUAUCCAAAAGUAACAGUUCAUGAAUUGGGUGGUUUCCUCUCCAAGUGGAUUGCCGACUAUCGCUCCUCUUUCUUCUGCCGGUUUUUGGCAGACCUUGCUGUACAGUGGGGACACUUUAUGGAAAGCACAUCCCACGGCAAUGAAGCUUUCGCAAGAUCUUUGGAGCUCAUGACGAUCUCCAACCAUCCACAGAGUCGAGGCUCCGUGUCACUGCAAAGCUCAGAUCCUCAUGUCUUGCCCGUGGUAGAUCCCAACUACUUCUCUGAAAAGGAGGAUGUGGAUGCCAUGGUGGAAGCCUUCAGGCGGAUGAUGCGCAUUUUUGCUGCCCCUUCUUUUGCAAAAUAUCUUGAGAAAUUUCAUCCAUCGACUCCAAGAGCAGACGCUGGUGAGGCUGAGAUUAGUGACUAUGUGCGGAGCAGUUCCAGGACGACUUGGCACUACUCCUGCACCACUCGGAUGGGCAUCACAGAGAAAGACUCGGUCUGCGAUCCGGAAGGUCGAGUGCAUGGGGUGAAGAAUCUUCGAGUAGCUGACGCAGGUCUUAUGCCCGAAGUGGUUAGUGGAAAUACGCACGCAGCGUGCCUUAGGCAGAAAAUGAGUUUGUGGCUCAACCUUGCCUACGCACACCAGUCCAAACCUGGCAUCCAACCUUCAAAGGUGCGUGAUGAUUGGAGAUCGAAGCUUGGCAAGCCCAACAGUAAUCAUGAAUUCAUUUGCAAUUCAUCCGAAUUCCUUUUGAAGCGGCCUUAAAGGAGCAACAUCAGAUCAACUUGCUUGCUUGUGUGCCAGCUUCUUUGUCUUGCUGGUUGGGGUAUGUUGGAGUGACCAUGAUAAG